AUGGCUCCCACUCCGGAUCUCAACGUUCCUCCCUCCUCCUCCACCGUCUCGGUGUCCAUCAUCAACUCAACCGCCAACAUCCACGGCGUGCCCGCCAAAGCCUUCGUCUCCCCUCCCCAACAUGGCCACGACUGGCUCGCAGCCCCCAUCUUCGCCUUCCUGAUCCAGCACCCUGCCACAGGCCGUUCCCUGAUGUUCGACCUCGGCUUGCGUAAAGACACCGAGAACAUGCCUCCCGCUCUCCUGCACCACUUUGACGAAAUCGGCUGGACUCUAUCCGCGGAAAAGAACGUGGCCGAUAUCCUGAAAGAGAACAACUUUGACGUCUCGAAAAUCGAAGCAGUGGUCUGGUCUCAUUACCACUUUGACCACACCGGCGACAUCACCACCAUCGGCCCUCAGGCAAGCCUGAUCGUCGGACCGGGCUUCAAGAAGGGUUUGCUGCCGGGGUACCCGGCCAACCCGGACGCGGCCAUCCUGGAAGCGGACUACAAAGACCGCGAGCUAAUUGAAGUGGAUUUCACCUCGGCCGCAUCAGACGGCAAAAACUGGAAGCGCCUGCAAAUUGGUCGGUUCCCAGCAGUCGACUACUUCGGCGACGGCUCCUUUUAUCUGCUCGACGCCCCCGGCCACGCCAUUGGCCACAUGUGCGGUCUCGCCCGCGUCACGUCCCAGCAAAGCGACGGAUACGACAGCUUCAUCUGCCUAGGCGGCGACGCCGUUCACCACAUUGGCGAGAUCCGCCCUUCGCAAUUCAAGCCUCUGCCGGAGGAGAUUUCGCCGAACCCGUUCCUUCCUCUUUCGGCUGGUUGCGACAGCAAAUGCCCCGGCGCGGCGCUCCAGAAGCUGCUGCCCAACCCGGAACUACCGACCAAGAGCUUUUACGAAGCCGCGAGGGGGGAGGCCUGGCACCAUGAUGUCGAGCAGACCAUCGAUACGGCGGGCAAGCUGCAGGAGCCGGACGCACUGGAUAAUAUUUUUGUGGCGAUUGCGCAUGACGAGUCGUUGUUGGACGUGGUGGAUUUCUACCCGGCGACCAUGAACGAGUUUUUCAAGAAGGGGUGGGUGCAGAAGGGCCAUUGGAGGUUCCUUCGGGAUUUUAGGGAUGGUUUGACGAGCAAGGAGGAGAGAGGCGGUGUUGAGACGGUGGAGUGGCCGCAUAAUAAGACUUGGGGACCUGUUGAGAAGAAGACGGCUUAG